AUGAGAUCCCAGAGGCCAAUCGAAAUAGACGGCAGGACAGGAGAAGGCGGUGGGCAACUGGUCAGAAUAGCCGCUGCUCUUGCCGCAGUCACAUCACAGCCAAUUCUCAUCACGCGCGUACGAGGUAAUCGGGCUGGACAUCGAGGAGGCGGCCUCAAGGCACAGCAUGUGUCUUCCCUGCGAUGGCUCGCCAAGGCCACGGGUGCUGAGGUAGCAGGAUUGUCAGUUGGAAGCCACACACUGGAAUUCUGCCCCUCCGCACCUCCAACGGCGCUGAAGGAGAGGAACAUUCAGAUCGCUUCAGAAUCGAGCGCUCCGUCGACUCUCUUGAUUUUUCAAGCCGUGCUCCCGUAUUUGCUGUUUGCCAGCAAUGAUGCCGGCGAGCCGAUCGAGCUAGAGAUACACGGCGGGACUAACGUUUCUUUCUCAUUGUCGUACGAAUAUCUAGACCAGGUGCUCUUGCCGACCUUGAAAGACAAGUUUGGCAUUACAGUUGAAAGACAACUGAGGAAACGAGGAUGGAGUUCGGGACCCCAGCAAAGGGGCUGUGUCUGGUUCGAGAUCCAUCCCAUUCCACGAGGCCAAUCGCUCAAACUCAAGGAGCCGUGGGACAAGCCCACCACGGCGGCCGACUUACAACGAAAGCACAUCGACGUGAGCAUAGUAGCUCCCCACAGUAUGCACGAACCCCUCCAAACUUCCCUGGCCCAGGACCUCAACGUUCUAUUCCCUGACAUCGAUAUCCAAUUCGUCGUCGUCGAGGACAGCGGCCACGAUGCCCGCAUGUAUGUUUUUUUAGUCGCCCACUCGAGGACUGGUCUCCGCUGGGGACGGGAUUGGCUGUACAACGCGUCGCGCAGGCGCAAGACCGCUGCUGAGCUUGGCGCGGAGAUGUCGCGCAAGGUGGCUAAGGAUUUGUACGGGGAAAUUGCCGUGCGGGGCGUGGUGGAUGAGUACUUACAGGAUCAGUUGGUAGUGUUCCAGGUGUUGGCGGAGGGGAGGAGUAGUUUCCCUCGUGUUGAGGAGCCGGUGGAUGGGGAUGUGGGCGUGGUGGCUGAUGAUGGAGAUGGAGAUGAUUUGGCUAUUGGAAAGCUUCGGAUUGGGGGCAGGAGGAUGAAGAAAGAUAGAGCGGAUGAGCCCUUCGGUGAGGGUAGUAUGCAUACAACUACGGCGAGGUGGGUGGCGAGCGAGUUAUUGCCAGGGCUAAAGUGGUAUGAUAAGGGCUCGGUCUGUGAGGGUAUUGGGAUAUCCUUUGAAUGA